AUGCCAAAAAUCGUUUCAAGCUCUACAGUUUCUUCAUCCGAACAAACGAAUGUUCGACCAGAACAACAUUUGCAUGUCUAUUAUUGCCUAUGUAGUGAAUUCAUUCUUGUAAUAGAUGCAAAGUUGGACAGAUUACCAAGACGUAAAACAGAUAAUGCGUAUAUUAUAGCUAAUGGUAAACGCAUCUAUAAAUUGAAUGCUAUUGAACCCUCAAAUAAUCCCAUCGUGCUCAAAAGACUACAAGGAUAUGAGAAACAAUAUCGACUCCAUUGUCCUCGUUGUAAUCUUUUCAUUGCCUAUGAAGUCACGCCUAAACGCAAAUCUGGUGCCUUUACUUAUAUAGUGGAAGGAAGCCUUACUGAUAAUCAAGGAGUUGUGCCAGCUGAUGCAAUUGAUGAAAAAGACAAUAAAACGGAUCAAUAA